UCUGCCAUGGUUGCAUCGUCUUUUCCCCUUCACCGUCUUCCAGCAAGACCUAUGGAAAUAGUUCUUCAAUCUUUCGCGUUCUGUAAUACAAUAGAAUACUCACUUCUCUCCAAGAAAGCUAAGAAUCUUGUCACAUCGUCUGGCCUACUAUUUCAGGCCAAACUUUCUGAAAUUGAUGUUUCCAACCAAUUGAAAAUAGAUAUUGAAGUACUCGGCCGGCCUUUUGACUACGUUCUGUCACCUGGUUAUUCAAGCAGUAGACUAGAAGUUCAAACUCAGCAUACUCAAUGGUACUUAACUUCAUAUUCGGUGAAAGAUUUUAUAGAUCAUCUUAUGGUAAUUACCAACACAAAACAUGUUGAACUUAUACGUUUCCAUUGCCCUGGACGUCUAUUCUAUGGACAGUUUUUGGAAAGUUAUUUGAGCGAAUUUUCGUAUCGUGAAGUAGUGUUUGAAACUGGCGGAAUAACAGUUUCAGCUGAACCAUUGACAUUUCUGAUACCAUUUUUACAAGGCGAGCAGUUAGAUUUGCUAGUCACUCUAUUUGAUACAUUUUAUACCCAAUGCGUUUUGGCAAGAAAUUGGGGUCAAAUGAAUGGCGGCAGCUUCAACAGAUUAAACCAACUGCUACUCAAUAAUAGUGCACAUAUUCGUAUCCAACAAGCCAUGCUCUCAAAUCUCGAUAUGAACAUAUUUCUGAAAAGUUGGACGAAUGGAUCAAACCCUAGGCUUAAGCAUGGACAUGUUUGUUUUCCAGUUCAUCGAGAUUUUGAUCUCAAUAUAAUCUUGAAAGAAAUUGAGUACCAACCUGUAUCAAGUGAUGAAUUAGACCGUCGCGGAGAGUUGACAUUCCUUGCACACAUUUCUAUUCGAAAACCUGAUGGAACAAUAGCUCUAAUAAAAUUCAGUAGAGCACAAUUUGAAAUGAAUGUUAUUGGAUAUUGAACAAUUUUUAAUUAAAUAAAGUUUGUAU